AUGGCCGCUUUCUUGUUAUUCACAUUACCACAAAUUAAUCCAGUUCCGUUUAACAAUUGGCAUAAUUAUAUUUUACCCACACAUCCAUGUCUGUCAUCUAGAUGGUGGAUGAUGCCUGGAAGUGUGAAGGGAGAUAAUCACGUGUGA